CGUAGAAAGAGAAAGCAGAGACUUUUCCAAAAGGACAUCGAGAACUUGUUGUUUGCAAUGGGAGAUCGUCCCGUUCUGACGGAUAUGCUGGUUCUUGCACUUGAAGAGAUCUUGGUGGAGUAUUUGCUGGACUUAUGCCACCUGACCAUGGCAUAUUCCAGAUCUCAGGGUAGAUCGAGAAUCAAGAUGAACGACUUAGCUUUUGCGUUGAGGAACGACCCGUUGAAGCUUGCAAGAUUCCAGUACACCAUCGAGCAGAGUUAUCGUAUUGAAAAAGCGAAGAAGAUGUUUGAAGAGAAUACAGAUGCGGUGGGUGCUAGUGUAGGAAAUCAGGAUUCAGACGAGGAAGAGGAUGACGAAGAG